AUGUCGUCACGAGCAAUCUCCCCCACCUUCGAUCCUCCGCGGGCACCAUCAACUUCGCGCCUCAUGGACACGCCCGCACUGGAUUUCGGACCAGAGUCAAACUCGAGUCCAAAGCGCAACAAAGCGUCAUCAGCGUCAUGGACGUCAUGGCUGGAACCACAUGAAGCCUCGAUUCUAGCACCGUCGAAUUCAGACUCGCAAGAAUCUUGUGAAUCAGUAGAACGGUCACGUGAUUCGAGCGGUCCCGAUCAAUGCAAAGGCGAGCCCUCGGCUAGGACGAUACGAAGACGUAACUUGGCUUCCCUUUCAACCAUGACUGAUCGAGCCUUUGGACGGUCGAGUGGUGAUUCGCACGCCACUAAAAACAGACCCUCGAGAGCCGCAGUCGAACAAGCGCCGAGACUGGGCAAGCUGGGCUCCUCCUCCCCAAUGCACAAGACCAGAUCUACCGGCGUCAGCUCGAGCACGCAGUGGACAUCACCAGUUCUUUCGAUUCUCCAGGUGAAAGGGCCAUCAAAGAAGCGAAUGAUCUUGAACGGAGCUUCAAGCAGGCCUUCAGCCUCGACGUCUUUGUCCCUACUCCCUAGGAACGGAGCCGACCCCAUAACGAGAGGCACCCCCUCGUCCGCCUCGACCUGCAUACCCAAUUCGUCAACUACACCCAUGACCACAACUCUGCGUAGAAGGUCUCGGACACCCUCUCCUACAGAGGAUGCGAGAGCUUCUUGGCCGAAACGAGAGCCUUCACCUCAAAUCGUGCCCAAGUCGCUCAAGCCAACCUCGUCGAUACUCCGAGCUCGUUAUCCGACCCCGCCCGUCUCCAUUGCGUCCGCUCGAGGAUCUUCAGUCGAUCUAAGGACCUUUCAUGAACCAUACGGGGGAAAGGGUCCGGCUGCGGCGGCUGACAUCGAUGUCAUCAUCAUUGACGACACCGAUGAGGAGCUUGAUGACGAGCGAGACGGUCGACCCGCGUCUCCGAAGCGAGCGAGAUAUUCCCAUAACUUAUUUGACGAAGAGGAGACGGAUUCGACUAGACGAUCGUCUGCGAGUCACCUCGGUGGUUCAUCGAGGUGGAAUACUAGCAAAACGACCGAUCCGCGUUCGCCGAUCCGAUCAUCGACCAUCCCCACACCCGAGCAGUUUGUCGUUGACCCCGAGCUGUUCAUCGCUUCGGCCAACUGGUCACGCCGCAUCAUCAUCGACGUGCUUUCUCUCAAUAUCGACUGCCUCGCCUUGAAUCGAGAAGUUCCGGAAGGUCAAGCCAUCGACCUUGAGCUCGAACUCGCGCUUGUCGCGGAUGUGGAUGGAGGUCGAACCGAGCUCGACCUCGUCGGCGAGUGCGUGCGUCUCGAACGCUGCGCAUCGAAUGCGACCGGGCUCAUUUUUGCGGGAUCCAAACCACACACAUUCGAGCUGGAUUUUGAUCCCACGGCUCUUCGAACGGCUACGGAUAUCCACGUCGAGAUCACUCUGCGUAGCCUGGACGGCGAGGAAUGGGACACAAAAGCUUGCCUGCCCAUCUCUGACUGCGACGUUCGAGGCGUGGAGCACAUCAUCCCUUACGGUUCUGAACAAACCCUUCGCUUCUCCAAGACAACGACGGCUCGAAUGGCUUAUCGAUCAGCGGCGAUGCUUGACAGCCGAAUGUCCGAACUGGACUUCUCGGCUCGAGAGCUCGAUCGACGCCUUGAUCGGGUCAGACUCGAGAAUGUCCCGGUUUGGUUACCCGAUGCUUUGGACGUUGCAUCGAUGCGGUACCAGGAAAUUCAAGAGACGAUACCGGGUCGGAAUGAGCUCCUUCAGCCGGUUGACCAUGGUCCAACACGGUAUACCUACGACUUCGUGGUGUGGCUUUCACUUUGCAUUUCAGUGGAAUUGGAACCCCUUACUGCAGCAGACUGACGCUGUCCCGUUUGGGUACUUGAUCCUACCAGACAAAACGACCGGUGGAUCUGGGCCAGCGUAUCAUGGAGCCAAGCACCACUGAGACACCUUUGAGUACGAUCCAGGUUCGGCAGCAACUUAACGCGGUCAGUCUGUCGAGCUGCUUCAGUGCCAGAGUGCCCGAGAGUCCUUCAGCUGAUCCUCAAUACUUCAAGUCCCGUAUGCAGUUACUUUUACGCACGUCCUACACCGCAAAAGAACGUCUCGUCCGCCGGCUGCACCUCUCGUGGACGAUAUUGAACCCCUUCCCACCUUCGAUCGUCGCGCGCGAACUCGCGUGUUGGAACCACUUUGCGCCCGUCAUCGAGCACUUCAUGGCCGGCCAGCAACUCGAAUGGUUCCUAUGGACGAGUCUAGUCAUGAAGGGUGAGAAUGGUCAGUAUCGAGGUUUGUUGUCCGUCCCAGAAUGGGAGCAGGUGAGGAAGAUGUAUCGCAAGCAGGUUAGAAAGAUUGAGAAAGGCAGGCGGCAAUCGUAUGAAGUCUGGCGAGGGCGUGCGGAGGAAUCGGUAGGGUAG